AUGGUGAUGCGCCAGCUCACCAAAUCUUGGCGCGCUCGCGGUUAUCGUCUGGUCCAUUACAUUGACGAUUUCUUUUUCGCGUGCCGAAGCUCAGCAGAGUUUGCCCGUGUUCAGGCGUGCGUCCUCGCAGAUCUAGCAGCUGCUGGUUUGGUGGUUUCGAAGGAAAAGUGUCAGCUCAAGUGCAGCCACGUGGUGAAAUUCCUCGGCUUCGUGAUCGACACUCUGUUCGGCCAGUUUCGCCUGACAGCGCUGCAGAAGAGCAAGCUCAACUCUGCCAUCGAGUUGUGCCUCCGCAAUCCCCAGUCCGUCCCCGCCAAGACCGUUGCCCGCGUUACGGGCCUCAUUACUUCCCUUUCGCUACUUACAGGGCCCAUUUCCGGUCUUUUCUUGCGCUUUCUGCAUCGAGCUCUAGCUACCCGCUCCUCCUGGUACAGCAAGGUGCAGCUCGAUAGCGCAGCCUUAGGCGAGCUUCGUUUUUGGAGGAGCCAGCUUUCGCGUUUUGAGAGCCGUGACAUUUGGCGCAAGCAUUCCGUUCUCUGCGUCCUGUACUACGACGCUGGCGGCCAAGGCUGGGGCGGGCAUUUAGACAUCGGCUCUGAACAGCACAAAGCACAUGGUUCCUGGGAGCCGCACGAAGUGCACGGCGUUGCUUCGUCCACGUGGCGGGAGCUGACGGGCCUGCUACGGCUGCUUCGUGCUUUCCGACCGCUCCUCAGCGACUGCACGGUUGUCGCACGCGGCGACGCGCUGAACGUCUUUUCCAUUCUCUCCAAGGGCGGAUCCGCGAAGGAGCAUCUGCAGUCGGUGUGCCUCGAGCUGUUUUCUCUCUGUUCCGAGCAACGAAUCGAGCUCCGGCCGGAAUGGCUGCCGAGGGAGGAGAACGCGCGCGCAGACUAUUUGAGCAAAGUUCGUGACGUUGACGAUUUCGGGCUUUCUGCGGAGGCUUUUGCUUUUAUUUCCGCGCGUUUUGGUCCGUGCACGGUUGAUCGAUUCGCUAGCGAGCACAACGCGAAGCUCCCUAGAUUCGACACGUUCUAUUGGUGUCCCGGCGCAGCGGCCGCGAACACUUUCACGCAGGAUUGGGGGGCCGACGAGAGAAAGUACUGUUUCCCACCGCCGAACCUUGUCGCUCCGACGCUUCGGCACGCGCGCGCGUGUCGCGCGCGCAUGACGCUCGUUGUGCUUGGCUGGCGCUCCGCCCCGUGGUGGCCGCUCCUGUGCGGCAGCGUGGAAUCUGGUCGGGGGUUUGCACCGUUCGUUCGGCAGCAGCUGUACUUUCCUGCGGGACGCGAGGUUCUGGUUCCCGGUCGGGCGUCCCGUGACCGGUUCUCCGGGAAGGGUGUCCCCAUUUCCGACGUGUUCGCGCUCGACGUCGACUUCCGCGAUCACGUUGCGGGCCUUCCGUCCGCCGACUCGGAGCUCGCCCAACUCUCUGUCGAUCUCCAUGACGCCGCUCUCCUGUGCCGUGCGGCGGGAACAUUUAAAACAUAUGCGGGUCCCUGGAAGCACUACAAGGAGUGGUGCCAGGAAAAGGGUGUUCCAGCGCUGCCAUCUGGUCCUCUCACCGUUGCACUUUACAUGAUGCGACUCCUUCGCACCGCCAAAAGCCCUUCCCCCUUGCUCACUUUCUCCGGGGCCGUGUACUUGAAUCACUCCCUUGCUGGCCUCCUAUCCCCGACGAACCAUCCUCUCGUUCAAAUGGCGCGCGAGACAGCUCGGCGAAUCAAAGUCGCUGGUUUGAACCAGAAACGGCCGUUCCUCGCUUCCCAAAUUCGCCGCCUCUUUGACCUCUGGGGCAAUUUCUCGGCCAAUCUUCAUCAGCUUAUGAAGCUCACAGCAAUCACGCUUUGCUACACUUCGUUUCUGCGUAACGACGAUCUAGUUGCCAUCUCGUGGCAGUCCAUCAGGUUUGUCGCGCAGUCCCAUAUGGAGCUCUUCAUCCCGGACAGCAAGACCGACCAGUACCACAAGGGCGAGACAAUUUACAUCGCUCGCUUCGGUGGUCCGUUCUGUCCUGUCACCUUAGUCCAACGCCUCCUGGAUGUAACGGCACGACUGCGCACCGACUCCCGGCUGCGCGCUGAACUCGCGGCCGCGCAUCGUCCGUUAUUAUACGCUAUCGACUUAUUUGAUAUAUUGAUUCACUACACGCCACGUGUCCAGGUUACUGCUUCACCGCGUGACCGUCCGAUAAGACCCACGUGCACCGCGCGCCUGGGAACCGUCCGAUAA